AUGGAGAUGGAGAUUGGGAGAUGGAGAGAUGGAUCGUGCCCUGUCAAGGAAAUCAUAAUAAUAACCGCCAUGGGAGUUUCACUAUUUUUCUCAUCUUCCCGCCCUGCAUCUCUUGAGAGUUUAGAACUUCAGACACGGACAGUAUAUCAUCCAUCAUGCCAGCCUCAUUCCUACCACACAGCCGCCCAGGCAAUGGCAACGACGGGGCAUCCGGGCGCCGAUACAAUCGACCAACGGACCCAGUGGGAUACCAAGUAA